AUGGCAGAACAAUGUGCGAAUCCUCUGCUCUUGAAAUGGGUUGGCGAAUGGCUCGACCAAGCACGAGAACGCAACACAAAAGGCGUGAACGCCUAUAAGAGGGCAUAUGAUUCCCUCAAAGCCUGUCCCUAUCCUUUCACCCACCCAUCUGAAGCACGCCAACUGCAGAAUAUCGGCGAGAAACUUGUCGAACGCUUAACGGAGAAGAUGGAAGAGUAUUGCAAGGCAGCGAAUCUCCCCAUGCCCAAACCUCCACGAGGAAAGAAGAAGACGGUGGUCCCAGCCGAUGGCGAAGAAGGUGAGGCUCCUCCUCCAAAGAAGCGGAACCCCAAACCAUACGUGCCCGCCUUUCGAUCGGGAGCGUAUGCUAUAAUUCUCGCGCUAUCAACGUCCUCAGGCGGACUUUCGAAAUCGGAAACCAUUGCAUUGGCAGAGCCGCAUUGCGACUCCUCAUUCUUGGCCCCAAGUGAGCCUGGCAAAUUCUACACAGCCUGGGCCUCGAUCAAGACCCUGGAGAACAAGGAUUUGGUCUAUGAACAAGGACGACCCACUCGGAAAUAUUUCUUGACGGAGGAGGGGUGGGAGGUGGCCAGACGGAUCAAAAAGACAGCUGAGCCUAAGGGAUCGAUGGAUGAUUUUGUUGAUGGUGGAAGGACAAAGUCUGGGUCCAAGACUGGAGCGAACGAUGGUUUAUCCAUGGAUAGCAGACUAAGUCCUGUUCGUCAAUCGCCCCGUCUCUCGGAAUCUCCUGAACCGGGGGUGUCAGACAUCAUUCCCCAGGGUACCUCAUCAUCUGAGCUUCCCUCUUUCGAACCUCUGGUGCUACAACCCGGAACGUUCAUAGUACAGCUCGUUCUCGAUAACCGUGAAGUCCGGGCAAAGGAUGAUCGAGACUACAUUCAAAAUGAGCUCGGAAAAAGAGGCGUCAAGCCAAUCGUGCGACCCCUAGCUCUUGGUGAUAUUCUUUGGGUAGCCAAGUGUCAUGACCCCCAACUCCUGCCUUCACUUGGCGUCGAAGGGGAUGAAGUUGUGUUAGACUAUGUGAUUGAACGGAAGAGACUUGAUGAUCUCGUGGGCUCUAUAAAGGAUGGGCGGUUUCAUGAGCAGAAAUUCCGACUUCGAAAGUGCGGCGUCAAAAACGUGACCUAUCUCAUCGAGGAAAUCUCCAUGAGCGCGGACCAUUUCCAAAAAUACGAAGAAGCGGUCCAGUCGGCCAUUGCUAGCAUGCAGGUUGUGGACGGGUAUUUUGUGAAAAAGACGCAGAAGAUGGAUGACUCGAUCAGAUAUCUGGCACGAAUGACUCUUAUGUUAAAGGAGAUGUACGAGAAAAAACCUCUCCAUUUAAUCCCGACGCGGGUGAUCACGACUCAAAACUUCCUGCCCUUGGUGAACGAGCUACGGGCCAAGGAGCCGGGAACAGAUUACCACAUAACGUACGAAGCAUACGCGAGUCUGGCGAGCAAAUCAGAGACUCUUACCCUCCGAGAUGUCUUCCUGAAGAUGCUGAUGUGUACGAGGGGUGUGACCGGCGAGAAGGCCCUAGAGAUCCAGAAGAGGUGGAAGACUCCCAAGGCUUUCAUGGAAGCGUACGAGCGAUGCGGAGAUGGGGAAGAAGGCCGCAAGAGGAAGCUCGAGAUGGUCAGCAAGGAUAUGGCACAUUUUGUGGGCAGGAAGAAGAUCGCCAAAGCGGUCAGUGCUAAGAUCGCAGAGGUUUGGGGUGAUGCUUGA